AGAGGAGCAAUACUCUGGGUGACGUGCGCGCUGCCUUGUACUUGCGGCGACGUGCGCACUCCCGACACUAAUCAAUGACAAAGAUGGCGGCUGCCGCCGGAUCAGGUGUUAAAGUUCCCCGCAACUUCCGGCUGAUGGAGGAGCUGGAGGAGGGCCAGAAGGGAGGCGGAGACGGCACAGUGAGCUGGGGUCUGGAGGACGACGACGACAUGACCCUCACCUACUGGAACGGGAUGAUCCUGGGGCCCUCGAGGACCAUCUAUGAGAACCGGAUCUACAGUCUGAAGGUUGAAUGUGGACAAAAAUACCCUGAGAUCCCUCCUGUGGUCCGCUUUGUGACCAAGAUCAACCUGAGUGGAGUGCACACCAACGGUUUGGUGGACACCAAGGCUGUGCCGGUGCUGGCCAAGUGGCAGCACUCCUACAACAUUCGCAAGGUGCUGCAGGAGCUGAGGAACCUGAUGAUGUGCAAAGAGAACAUGAAGCUGCCCCAGCCCCCGGAGGGCCAGAUGUACAACAACUGAGGCUCCCCACUGCCGAACCACAUUGACGCACACACACAUUCACACACCAGCGCAGAUGUAAACACACACAUUAACCCAGGCAUACACACACAGGAACACAGGCGCUGCAGAGGUCCCACAUGCACACUUAUUAUGCAGGGUAUUAUUUAAAAACAUGAUGCAUCUAUUAAAAGCACUCCACUAUUUAACCCGAACACAUGACGCAGACUACUUAUAAAAAUCACACACACAGAUGAUGCCGACUAUUAUUUUAAAAUCACAAAUACAUUAUGCAGACUACUAAGUAAAAAAAACUAACUAAAGACAAUGUUUUUUAGACUGACUCCUUGUAUUCUCCAUGACUAUUGGCUCUCCAAGACCCUGCCCACUUGACUUGAACCCCUCCGACUUCCCUUCCUCCUCUCCACGGAUGUGGAACACACACACAGCAGCUGCUGGAGGAGGCGGGGGCACUGACCGGCCCUCCCCCGGCCCCGUCGACCGGCCCCAGCCGCUGUCCUGACCUUAAGAGUGGCACCGCAACGCUUACCGCUUAAAGGUGCAUGCACCACAGUCCAAGAACGAGGGUUUUCUGUCCAUUCUUUUGUUGUUCCACUUCCAGAUUGUAAAAUAACUCAACAAAAAGACCAACAAGUUUGUGCAUAUGGAAGGCGCACUGGAAGUGGACGAUGGUGUCUGUUCCUCUGUAAUUUAUGGCUUCUGCUGAGGUUUGGAAAGCGGUCUUGCUGUUCCGUCGUGGGGUCGGGAUGAUUGUUCUGGGGUCGAGACCCAUUUUUAUCGUGGAAUGGUUUCGGCAAAGGGGUCACCAGCCACGCACCUUGUUUUCUUUGAAUGUAUGUGUUGUACAUUUUAAAUGUUCUCAACUCUUUGAUAUCCCAAUGAUGUGAAUGUGGAUGUGAAGCGGGGACCUAUUUUAAUGAGCGCAUGUGCGGUACAUUGGGGAGGGGCACUUUCCUGUGCUUAGUCUAGCGUCAUACGUAUCCACAGGGCACUCGUGGCUCAUCACUCAUGGUCUCUGCCCUCUGUGUGUGCCAUAUGGUUCAUAGCGCUUUGUCAUCCUGAUGGGUUAUUAGUAAAAUCAGGGUCUUGCGGCCGUUGGGGUUGCUAACCACGCACUCCAAGGAUUCCCAAUGUCUUCGUCGAACACGUCCAUUUGUGCCAUAAUUUUUUUGCCUCCCAUGAUGAUGACUCCGCCGCCCGGGUGCCGUUGUCGGUAGUGGGGGGACGUUUCUGUUUACUGGGGAUUUCUUGUUUUUUUUGCAGUUUAUUUGAUCGUGGCUGACCUGUGUUUGUUGUCACCAUGUAUGAAAUCCCUGCUAAAGAUCCCCACUGAACGCUCAGCAUACGGCUUCUAUGUUUUAUAAGGGGUGUGAACCUAGAUAGGAUGACGUUUACCUGUUGCAUGGUUUUUAUUUGAAUUAAACUUCAUUACUUUUGCACUU